AUGGCGAGCGAGGAGAACAAAGCGCUCUUCCGCUCGGCCCUGGAGGCGAUCGACAAGUGCGCGGAGCAAAUAAGAAGAUCUCGUGCGGCACAGGAAGCCAUCCCGCUGUUUGAGCCGUUUGCGGAGCGCACACGUACAAUACUGAGGUACCUCGUGGAGUCCGAAGAUGCCCGAGUGGACCAGUGCUCGCCGGAGCAUGUCAAACGACUGGUCGAGUCCCUCGGGCGCCUGGAGUACCAGCUAAACAAGGGGCCGCGAUGCAACGGCGGUGAUAUCACCCCGUUUCUGCCAGAGGCGAUCAAUUUGUUCCGCAAGGUCGCCAGCGAGGAGCUAUUCCUCUUCGUGGAUCACCUCUGGGCCGGUCGUCAGGACCAGAUUGACUUGGCGCACGCAACGUUCCGCCGUCUGACCGAGCAGCAGGGCGCGCAGCAGGAGCGGCUGGCGGCGGCGGAGGCGCGGGCGGCCGAGGAGCAGAGGAAGCUGCAGGAGCAGCUGGCGGCGACGGAGGCGCGGGUGGCGGAGCAGCUCGCUUCCGUGCAACAGCAAAUGAGCGCGACGGAGGCGCGGGUGGCGGAGCAACACACGGCGACGCAGGCGCAGAUGACGGCGAUGGAGGCGCGGCUGACGGAGCAGAUCCAGGCGCUCCGGGAGGAGCUGAGUGCUCGGGGGGCUGCCUCCACCUCCGGUGACGUAGCAAGCAAGACUGCUGCUUGCACGCAGCAGAGGGACGGGGCCUGGGAGCGGUGGCGCGAGCAGUGGCAGGGCCGCGUCAGCAGCGAGAUGUCGGUGCUGUGCGCGCGGCUCAUCGCGGACGAUCCCAAAGUGAGAAAGGUCAGCGCGGCGCAGUUGGGCCAUGUAGGGUUCUCGAUGGACUUCGACGACGUGCGGGCGCUGUGCGAGGCGCUACGGGCCAACACCACGGUUGAGGAGCUCGAUCUGUCCAUCCCCGAGGCCAGGGACGACCUGAAAGGGCAUGCUACGCGUGCCGUUGCAACAUCUGGCGCGCAGCUGAUCGGCGAGCUGGUGCUGCCCGUGCACCCGAAGCUGCGCGUAGUGUCGCUGGAGAACAACCUCAUCGGGCAGGGCGCGAUGCCGGCGAUCGCUGCGGGCGCCGCGAAGAGCCGCUCGCUGCGGGUGCUGCGGCUGGGAGGCAACAUGCUGGGCGCGGCGGGGGUGGCGGCGCUGACGCCGGCGCUGGUGGGGGAGAGCGCGCUGGAGGAGCUGGACCUGACGGGCGAGCUCAGCAUCGACGACGAGGCGGCGGGGCACAUCGCGGAGGCGCUGAAGUCGACGUCGGCAUGCGUCAAGGUUCUGUGUUUGUCCCGGACGGGCGUGAGGGAGGCGGGGGCCGCGGCGCUAGCUGCGGGGCUGAGAGACAACACCUCGCUGCGGGAGCUGGUGCUGGACGGCUGCGCGAUCGGCGACGGCGGCGUGGAGCACUUGGCGGCCGCUCUCGAGCACAACUCCUCGCUGCAGCUGCUCAGCCUCGACAACGUCAGCUCGAGUGCCAGGGGGGUGAAUUCUGUGGCUCGGAUGCUGAGGGCCGAUGCGUCGCUGCGGCACCUGCGGCUGACGCAGGUGUGGAUCUCCAGCAGCGAGGACGCAAAGUGCAUCAAGGAGCUCGCAGAUGCGAUACCGGCCAGCACUGCGCUUGAAGCCGUUCACUUCACGACAAGAACGAAUUCUUCUGAGCUCACGCAGCUCAUCGACACGUGGGAGCCCGUUGCUUCGGCUCUGCUGCUGUCGUCGGGGAGCAAGACCGCUGUUUCGAGCGUGAGCGCGAGCGCGUGCACCAACACGACGCAAUUCUUCAAGAAUGGCUCCGCGGGUACUCUCUUGGGUCUGCGGAGCCUGUCGCUGCACUGCCCGCCCAACCCCGCACUCUGCAGCGGCGUCGGGAAUCUCGCCGAUCUGUUGUGCGGCUGCCCGAACCUGACAACCCUGGAGAUUACGACUCCGAACAUCAACGAUCGUGUUGGAGCACCCGCGCCACUCCAGGAUCUUCAGACGGCCCUUGCGAGCCACCCGCUGGAGUCGCUCACGCUCUCAUGUGGCUGCUUGUCUGGAGGCGUCGUGGUCAACCUCGCAGGCAUCGUCGCCUCGAACUCCUCGCUGAGGAAGCUCUCCAUACGUGGGGUUCCCCUGAGGCAAAUUCGCAUGUCGGACUUGGGACCCCUUUUCUCCGCGCUGCAGAACAACACAUCCUUGAAGAUGUUUCAUUUUGAUCGCGGAAGCACGGAUAACAGCGGAUCUCACUAUCUUUCAUCAAUCUGCCGCAGUGUAUCCUCUCUGCUUGUUCACAACACCACCCUCACGGACCUGGCCCUACGGAACUUCGGGCUCCUGGGCGCAGAAGGUUCAGCACAGGUAGCUGCCAGCCUGCUGACCAACUCCACGCUCAGCACGCUCGACCUGACAAGCGGCGGCUACAGCGGCAUCAACUGCUUGGUGCCCGUGAUCCGGUCGAACCGCACGCUGUGCAAGCUGGUGCUCCGGGGCGCGCAUGCAAACGUGCAAUGCCUUUGGAGCGCAGCGUGCGGCUGCGGCCGAGCGGACGACCUGGAGAUCGUCCUGUGA